CCAAGGAAUCUGCACAAACUUUGUAGCUCGAUCAGUCGUAAAACGCGAACGGACCGGGAAAUAUCACACGAGAAUCGAUUACCGAAAGGUGGGUUCUUCCCCAGAACGGAAAGGAAGCGGAAGUUCUAAGUUGAUUAAGGUCCACAGGUAGCCGCCUCGCGUGCCUUGAAUGAAUAAUAAUUGUCCAUGUAUUAGCCAAUAGCUUGGAUUGGAAUACGAAAUGAGUAGUAGCCGAUCCAAUUCGGUUAGCUAUCAGCGGCGACUUUCCUACGGGGGGGACAAAAUACCAUUCGUCGAUUCCGAAGAUGACGAUGAUGAAGACGGAUCGUCAAAAAGUAGUAGCAGCAGCAGUUCGGAAAACGCCGACGAUGUGAUGACUGCCAGUCAAGAAAACCUAGCGCUGGCAUACGUUAAUCGCUUCAGGAUGCCGUCGCUGGCCGAACGUCGGAACAAGGAAAAACUAACGGUGACGAUCGAGCACGAAGCAAGGAAGCGCCCAUCCGUCGAUCAUGGGGAGCUGGCCGAGGAAGCCAAAGACAAGGCCACGGAGCUUAAGAAGGUGGCCGCCGAACGAGCCAUCGGUCUUCGGAGGAACUCGCUGUCUAUGCCAAGCUUGACCGAGAAGGAUUUGGAAGCCAUUCAUCAGGCUCAGGUUGACCAGGAAGAGAGCAGUAUAUUGGUCGUCGAUGAUCGCUCCAGCUCCAGUACCGAGGAAGUUACAACUCCGGAACCAUCGAUAUCGCCAAUCACUCCCGUUUCUCCGGUGUCCCCCGUCAGCUUGAAACCGAUGCUCCAAUAUGAGGACGAAAGCAGCGAGGAGGAACAGCAGCCCAAAAGUGCCAAGGCCAAAAGUCUCUUCCGCCAUCGGCGUGGUUCGAUCGCUCCGCUGCCGGCCUUGCGCCUCAACGAUAAGGAGAUGAUGGCCAACGACUUCGAUGCCCAGAGCAUCAUGAGCAACCAGAACUCGAUCACCAGCAUCAACUCGCUGGCCAGUCUGCUCAAGGAAAAGAUGCAGAAUGUCCCAGCAAUGAUUCGCAAGAAAAAGCGAGAAACCAAAGACUACAAGCUACGCGUUUUUGUCGGCAUGUUGUUUCUUAUCAUCGUGUUUCUGGUCGGCUACGCCUACGUCAUGUACAACCAGAAGCUGCUGGCCAAAUCCUACUUCGAAAGUGUCAAGUUGCACAAAAAGACGCGGGGUUUGCGCAUUUUGGAUCCCAAGGGGAACGAUUUGUUGACCGGGAAUUUGGCGAUCGGUUUGAAAAUUGAUAAGCCGUACAAUUGUUUGCCGGAGGAUUUGCGGGACGAUGGAAGCGUUUGCUACGAGUGGAACUCGAUGGUUCGGCUCUAUAUGAACUUGGAGAAGACGGCAGUUCCCGAAGUCAAGUGUUACAUGUUUAGUUGGGAAACACUGGUGGAUAAUUUCUAUCCAACGGAUUGUUUCGAUAUUGGGGAUGAUCGAGGUUUUUGGUAUGGUGGAGGUUUGACUAGUGGCAUUGACUAUCCGUUGGGAAAGGCGUCGUUUGACUUUGCUCCGUUUAUCACUGGCGAUAUCAACGUUCAACAAUGGGGUAAUGCCGUUAAGAGAUACUUCCUGAACUCCAAGGGUAUUGCUAUACAGGUCGAUGAACAGACUCCACUUUACAUAAGCGUAAAUAAGGAUAACAAUAACAAGUUCUGUCUACAAGGACGUAAUGACAAUUUCGCGUUUGUGAAUAAGUUUUCCAAAUACCCACAGCUGAAUUACAAAGUUUGUACAGGACCUGACAUGAAGACGGUUCAUAACGGUUUAACUCAAAAGAGUCUUUGGGAUGGAUUAACCGAAAACGACAACGCUGUUAUAAAGUCACUUCUGAGGGAACCAGUCUGGCAGAUUCCGGCGGCAAAUCAAGCACAACUGACGGAAACCGCCAUCUACAAUUACACUGAGAAUGUUAUUGCCUCCGGAUAUCUUCGUUUAGGCCACGUAUUCGUCAACGAAUACUGGCAAAAGAACAUCGGUGAUUUCAAACUGGACGCCGAACGUUUUCCUACGCUAGAAGAUACCGUCAAAAUUCUACAUCGACGAGGAUUCAGAAUCUCAAUCUCCAUCCAACUGUUUAUUAGUACAGAAAGUGAGAACUUCCUGGAAGCCGUGACCAAAAAACUAUUGAUCUACGAACGAGAAUCUGAACGUAGUAUCCCAGCUCUCACCAGGUACAAGAGCUUAGCUAGUGCGGGUGUCCUCGACAUCACCAACAACGCCACUAUCCCGUGGGUUCGAAACCAUCUUCAGAAGAUAACCGAAACCCUUGGAAUCGACUCGUUUUACAUUGACUUCGGCAAUGCCUACAGUAUGCCACGUUACUACCAAUGCUCAACCACCCUCAACAACCCGGAUCAGUACAAAUCUAUCUUCAUGGAACGCUUUGAAGGCAAUCUCAACAUUUUCGGAGUCUCCAGUGCCAUCUCGGUCCCUCGACCACCAGCCUUCCUUAGCCUGCCUCCGGUUAACAGCUCCUGGAGUGGUCUCCAAACCAUCAUUCCAACCCUGCUAUCCUACGGAGUCAUCGGCUACCCCUUCCUUAUGCCAGGUCCAGUUGGUGGAGACUUCCUACUUCCAACGGAAAAGCUUAAAAAGAUGUACUCCUUCUACCCUCUGGACAUGCCACCACUCCCGGAGGUUGAACUCUAUAUACGAUGGCUUCAGAUGGCUACCUUCCUCCCCGUACUCCGGUUCACCCAUCUCCCAUCCGAAUAUAAAAAUGAAACCGUUACUGAAAUCGCGAAAGAACUUUCAACCAUCCGACUAAAGACAGUCGUUCCGAUGUUGGAAAAAUACGCUAGCGAAGCGAUGGACGAAGGUCUACCAAUAAUCCGACCGCUGUGGAUGAUGGAUUCGACCGAUGUCAACUGUCUCUUUAUCGACGAUGAGUUUUCGAUCGGUGAUGGAAUGAUUGUGGCGCCCAUUCUUUAUCGAUCGGAUACUAGUCGUGAAGUAUACCUACCGCAAGGCGUCUGGAAGGACGGAAUCGACGGAUCACUACGCAAGGGCAAUCGCUGGAUCCACAACUAUCACGUGCCCCAAAAUAAGGUCGCCUAUUUCGUGAAGAUGCCCGACAACACUCGCUUCUAGAGGGCGGAAGUAUGUAGCCUUAUCUAAUUCAUAACGAUCGACGACGUGAUGAGGAAUCUAAAUCUCAGCUGCUGAAGCUGCUCAGGAAAUUUUAAAAAGGGAUCAAAGUUGAACUCUCAACAUUCCUAACAAAACUUUCGGAGUUAAAACAAAAAAGUUGCAAGUAUUAUUACUAGCGUAGGUAUAUUCUUCGAAUAACUUACGUGCUAUUCACUAGGUUUUAAUCAAUACUUUUAAAUAGAAGAAUGUAAAUAUUUAAUAUUAACUGUGAGUAAAGAUACAACUUAUGAA